UGCGCGUAUAUAUCUAGCGCUGGUGUUGAUUUGCUUAAAACAUAUGCGUUGAUGUGUUUAUAAUGUUGAUUAUUUGAUGCACACGCUUAAUUUCUUUCAUCGUGGGACUUUAUAUAUUAUACACGCUUCCAGGCAUUUUAUUCAAAUACUUUAUGAUUAAAAUUAGACACGCUAGCUUUAGUUUGUCGAGGUGACAAUGCCGUUGUUUUACUCAGUUAUUGCCAGGGGCUGUACAGUCCUUGCACGAUAUGCUAUGUGCACGGGUAACUUUGCCGAAGUUACAGAACAGAUACUUAGUCGCAUACCUCCAGAAGAUGGAAAACUAACAUAUUCUCAUGUUAACUAUCUCUUCCACUACAUAUCAGAAGACCACAUUAUAUAUCUUUGUAUUACAGAUGAUGUUUUUGAGAGAGCAAAAGCCUUUAUGUUUCUCAAUGAUAUAAAAAAGAAAUUUCAAGUUCAGUAUGGCCAAAGAGCACGUACCGCAUUACCCUAUGCUAUGAAUAGUGAAUUUUCUCGGGAAUUGAGUCUUCAAAUGCGAUACUACUCGGAUGUGAAAAAUACAGACAAACUGGAAAAAGUUAAAAAUCAAGUUGAUGAACUGAAAGAAAUUAUUGUGAGAGAUAUUGAUCAGAUAUCAGACCGAAAUGAGAAACUAGAGCUUCUAGUUGAUAAAGCAAAUAAUCUAAAUGUAAAUUCAGUAUCUUUUAAGAAAUCCAGUGUCAAUCUUGCUAGAUCACUGUGGCGGAAAAAUGUAAAGAUUUGCAUUUUAAUAUUUAUUGUCAUUGUGGUUGUUUUGUACCUGAUAAUAUCGAUUACAUGUGGUGGACUUGAUUGGCCAUGCACCAGGAACUAAUUAUGGACAUGAAAGUCCAAAUGACCAUUUACAGCCUGUUGUAGUUAUUGUGAAACACAGACACAAAUAGCCAUAUAUUUACCCUAUGGACGUUUUCAAAUAAGAAUACAAGUAUUUCCUACUCUUUCUCUCUGUCUCUAAUUUCAUUUAAUUUCUACUUGAGAUAACAUAUAUAUAUUUUUGAAUCUUUUUCACUAAAUUUACUGCAAAAUAAAGAAUAGAAUUUUC